AUGGACUCGAAGGAUUCUCUAAGAAAGGCUUGCGAUCUAUGUUAUACUCGCAAGAUCAAGUGCGACGGGCAGGAACCUCGUUGCUCGAAUUGUGUAAUGCAUGCGAGAGAGUGCACGCAUGCUGCUGCUUCUCGUCGGAAAGCGAAGCCCAGGGCACAACGCCAUAGCGCCACGCAAAGGGCAGGAUCAUUGCGCGUCGAGACCAACGAGCUGAAAGGCUCCGGGGGGAUUACACGAGAAGCGCAGCUUCCAAAUCAGCAACCAGCGCAUGAUCAUGACCAUGCAAUGAGCUCGAUGAAACUCCCCACUCUGCACGAAGCGAUGGCACAGGUGGGAAUCUUUCUAAAAACAGUGAACUCGGUCCUGCCACUUUUCCACGCUGACUCGCUCCUGCGUAUGGUUGGGAAGUGCUAUGCACUUCUACCCCGACAGCGCGAUCCGAACGUUUGUGCGGCAAUCAACAUCGUCUUCGCUCUGGCGAGCCAACAUAUGCCGCACAGCAGCGCCAUCGAAGGUGUGCUUCAUCAUCAGAGCGAGCAUACGACGACCGAGUAUCUGAAUAAAGCCCAGUCGGUCCUUGCGACUGUGAUGCAGGGCGAGAUCCGCCUACUAAACAUACAGACCCUAGUGGGCAUGGUGGUGGUGCUCCAGACAGCGCGGGACACGGCCCCGGCACUGAUGUUGCUAUCCGCCACCAUGCGUCUGCGCAAUCUGGAUCUUGCACAACAGCGACAACGUGCUCGCGUAUUCUGGAUCACAUACAUCCUCGAUAAAGACCUCAGCCUGCGUGCGCAAAUCCCCUCCAGCCAUCUCGACGACGAUAUCGACCUGGAAUUACCUUCCUCAGUGCCGGUAACCCCCGACGAUAGCGAUAACAGCGCCGGCAUCGUCAUGACCGCUGACGGAAGAGCAAGCAUGAAUUACUUCCUAGUCCGGGUCAAACUGGCUAAUAUUGAGGGACAAACAUAUCGAUACCUCUACUCCACGCGAGCCCUGAAUCAGAGCCCCCAGGACCGGAUCAUGGUACGACAGAGUAUCAGCAUCGCAUUGGAUGGGUGGCGCGCGUCGAUACCCCUCGAGUUCGGCGCCGCGGCGGUCACCAUGACCGCGAGUAACCAGCCCGCGAAUUGGAGCUUCUUCUGUAUUCUUCACUCGAGCAGUCUCCAAUGCAUGAUGCUGCUCAAUCGUGCGCAGGCGUGGGAUGAACAAUGGGUGCUGGUGCAUGAGACCCGCGAUUUCGUGCGCCUGUUUCAAGAGGUUUGGUCGCGUGACUGUUGGCUUGGUUGGAUCGCCGCAUGCCCUUAUUCGUCCGCUGCGAUGCUUUUGAUGGUGAAUAACCUUUACAACAUCCGACAUACGGAUCUUCACCUGGAUAUCGAGCUGGUUGAUGCGGUCAUGGUCUGGCUCGAUGAGAUCAGUGCGGAGAUGGCAUCGGAGGGGAUGAAAUGGUUUCAGGAUAUUUGCGCUCAGGGGGUUCGAACGGUGAAGAGGAAAUGUGCUGUAUAUGGAUUAAUAUGA